AUGGGCCCUGAGCGCCGGAGCGAGCGAGUUGAGCAACGGCGAAGGAGGAAAAUCGCACUGGCAUGCGAGCCUUGCCGUGAGCGCAAGUCGCGGUGCGACGGGGCGAAACCGAUCUGCUCCACGUGCCAGCGACGGUCGCUGCCGCUUCAUCUCUGCGUCUACACACUCGAGAACGCUCGAACGGCGAGUAGCGAGGAAUACAUCAAGGUUUUGCAUGACCGCAUCCGCCGGCUGGAGAAGACAUGCACCGAGCACGGCCUCGCGGUUCCGCCGCUCGGCGCGGACGGAGACGCCUCGGUGGCCCCCGGAGCGUCUCCGCUAUCUCCACUGGCUCUUGGGAAGCACGGUCAAAACAACAGCCUUCAGCUACCGACUCCGACUCCGACCGUCAGGGACCAUGCUACAUCUCCGGCGCUGAACAACCCGCUUCCUGCCUCAUCGCUUGAUCAUGAACGGCUCGAUGCAACCGAAUCCGUGGCCAGCGUUACGGCCAUGGGCACUGUUUCGGCCGAGCACGAUGUAUGCCAGGCAUUCGACGCGGCUAACGAGUUUUACGGCAGCUCCUCGGCGGCAUCAUUCAUGAAGGAAGCCUGCAUAACUGUCCAGCCACAUAAUCCGUCGGCUUCUUCUGUCAGCACACCGUCCACCGGUCUUGCGGCAUUAUCUGCCGGUUUUGCAAGGUCACAACCCUCGGGGCCGGUGCAACUUGCUCAAGCAGAAAAGUUUGCUCUUCCACCCCGCAGCUUGGCCGACCACUUGCUGAGCCGGUUCUGGGAGAGGGUGUACUGGCUGUACCCAUUCUUUCACAAGCCCACCUUUCUGCGCGCUUAUGAAAGCCUUUGGAGGCCUGCUCACGAACGACCGCCCGAGUCAUCGUUACCAGGGUUGGGCCUAGGGAGCUCCCCAGGGGCCGAUGCCGGGACCAUCGUAUUCCACUCCGCUUUGAAUGCAAUGUUCGCAAUCGGCGCGCAGUUCUCGGAUCUCCGCCCCAAGGACAAGAUCUCGGCCACCGAGACCUUCUUCAACCGGGGCAAAGCGUUUGUUGGGCUGGACUUCAUCGACAUGCACAACGUCGGUGUGGUUCAAUCGCUUCUGCUGAUGGCGCUCAUGCUCCAGGGCACCCCGUUCCCGAGCCGUUGCUGGAACGCCGUGGGUCUUGCAUGUCGCGUCGCUCAGGGACUCGGCCUGCAUACGGAGUCUGUUCGCUCUGCUCGGCCGCCACUAGAGGCGGAGAUCAGGCGCCGAACGUGGCACGGUUGUGUCGUUUUGGACAUGAUUGUCAGCAUGACAUACGGACGACCCACGAUGACAGCCCAUCUGCCAGACCUGCCCCUUCCCACGCGCACUGAAUUCGACGAACCUCGAGGCUUCCAGAAAGCAGCGGCUGACCAGGAUGAGCCUUCAAAGAUGUGCUUCUACGUCGAGUAUAUCCGAUUGUGUCGGAUUCUUGGUGAGAUCCUCUCCAACGUUUACCAACCCUCUGCCGGCGGGUCCCCAAACCCCUCGCCCUCGUCAUGGGACCCUCAUAAAACGCACGGCAUGGACGCCAUCCUGGACUUGGAUGCGAAGCUUUCCAGAUACGAGACCGCCUUGGCUCCAAUCAUGUCGUGGAAAUCGCCCUGCGAUCUCAGUGGCCUUACUGAGGACCGAAAGCUUGUUAUAAUGACCCAGAGAACCGUCCUCAGGGGAAGCUUCCUCUACCUCCGCCUCAUGCUUCACCGUCCUAUCCUGACGUCGCUAUGCGCAAAAACGGGUUCGAACCCUGACACGGAAGCGAAUCCGCCCGAGACGCCCAUUGCAUUCUCCGCCGGCCAGGAGCUGUUCACGUCCUUCGCGGCCGGUUGCGCCAAGAUAUGCCUCGGAGCGGCAAUGGACCUGAUCGAGCUCGUGCACAGCACCUACCUGUCAAACACCACAGGCGGAUGGUGGUGGGAUGGCCUCUACGCCUUCACGGCUGGAUUAGCAGUCAUCAUGGGUUACCUCUCUCCACAAUUGUUGGCUUCGCUGGAUAAACAGCGACUUGAAAGGUGCUGGACAAUGUGCCAAGAGAUCCUGGCGCACUUCGCCUCCUUCAGUAUCUCGGCACAAAGGUCACUGAGGCUCCUGCAGAAGGUCCACGCGGACGCCAUGUCUCGGUCUGGAGGUACCACUCCGUCUGAUUCUCACUUUCUGCGGCGGCUGGCUAGCAACGCUUCUGCAGACAAGGACGUGGAGACACCUACGGGAACGUCGACGAGAGCAGAACUUACAGCGAACGGGGAAUCAGCUAACUUAGAUCAAGAACUAGCCUGCCUGCACGCUGAAGAGAUGUCUCUCGACCUGGCUAGCAUGUUCCAGUGGCAGUUUCCCGCUGGCGGCAUCCCAGACAUGCUUGGCACAGGACUGCUCUUUAACUGGAACCAGUCUCUCGACGUCAAAGCCGGCGGGCUGGGGAUGGACAUGUUCCAGUGA